AUGCUGUCGUCUGCCCCGCCCAAGCCGCAGGGUCGCCCAGCCUCGCCGCAUUCGGACUCGUCUACCUUAUCGAACAUUACCGUCGCCGACCCUAUACACCCCGCCAGCCCUGUUGCCCCGGCCUCGACUCCGCCGACCAGCCAGUCCGACGACCAGAGCAUGCACGAGGACGCGUCCAAGCACGCCGACCCGCAGGCCGACUCGCUGCUUGCCCGUCGGCACAGCUCUCGCGCGCGCGCCGCCGUGGCUACAUACAAUGACAAGGAAAACGCAGGCACGCGCAUCCACACCCCGGCCAAGUACCGCAAGGAAAAGGACACACCGCUCCAGUCGCCGCACCAGCCGGACACCCACCAGCCCGAGCCCAUUGCCUCGACCGAGCCCCCUACCCCUUCGCAAUCCGUUGAUGAGCCCAUCCACCGCCGCCAGAGCGGCCGCAGCCGCACCUCCGUCGUGACCUACAACGACAAGGAGAACGCCGGCACGCGAAUCCACACCCCCACCAAGUACAUUGAUGGCACCUACAUCCGCAAAACCCUCCACGACCCCAUCUUCGUCUCUGGCAGGCCUGAGUCGCUGUCGCCCACAUCGGAUAACGGCAAGAAACGCGCUUCAAAGCGACGCGCGAGCGGGCUGCGCGCUGAGUUUCGCGUGGAUAGCGACGAUGACAGCCUGGCCGACGUGCAGUCGGCCUCGCCUCGGAAAUCGGCGCGACCGGGGCAGAUGGUCGGCAAGCCGAACCAGCGUGCCGCGUCGCAAUUGGGCAAACGCGGUCGCGACGCCUUCGACGCGGUCAAGAGCCUGCCUGUGGGCUCGUCCAAGGUCGCCUUGCGCAAGUCAGACAGCCCGGUGAAGAGGCAAAGGAAGAGGGCAGCAUCCGAACCCACGCCCGAGCCGGGGCCUCAGAUCCCCAGGCCAGACCUGAGAUAUGGCGAUUGUCGCGGCAAACCCUGGCUCAACGCGGGCAAAUAUCACAACACUGGCCAGGACGAUUUUGCCGGAUCGCUCUCUACGGUCCCUGGUCACAAGCCAAAGAACAAGGAUGACGGAACUCCGGUGAACAAGGCUCUUCCGCUCCCAAUGUUUUUGAUGGCAGAAAAAUUGGAUCUGUAUCCGAAGAAAAAGCUGCCCGAACACAAACGCCCAUUCGAACCGUUUCAGCUGCCUUACGACAUCUUUUCUCCUCUCCCGAAAGAGGCGAAGGUGAAGGAUUGGAGAGAGAUGAAGAAGAACGAGUACAAGGGUGAAGACGCCCAAGAAAUCAAGGCGAGGGCGAAGGAUCAAUGCAAAAAGCAAAGGCAGAUGGAAGCGUCAACCUGCAACUGCGUCGGCAGAUGCGAGAGGGACGGCUGCUUCAACGCCUCCCUCUUCUUUGAGUGCGACGACAGGAGCUGCAAUCUUGGCCCGGAUUGCGGCAACCGGCAAUUUACCAACUUGCAGAAGCGUUACAGGGACGAGACUCGCCAGGGAAAGUACUUCAAGAGUUUCAACGUCGGUGUCGAGGUUGUAGAGACGGAAUCUCGCGGACAUGGUGUCCGGGCUAUGCGACCAUUCCAGGAUGACCAGAUUGUCGUAGAGUAUAUUGGCGAGAUCAUCACCCAACAAGAGAGUGAUAAGAGAAUGAACGAGGUUUACAAAGACCACAAGUGCUUCUACUUGAUGAAUUUCUACGACAAGCUUAUCAUUGAUGGGUAUCGCGGAAAUAUAGCCCGCUUCGUCAAUCACUCGUGUGACCCCAACUGCAGGAUGGAGAAGUGGACUGUCAAUGGAGAGCAGAGGAUGGCGUUAUUUGCGAACAGACCGAUCAUGACUGGGGAGGAAUUGACCUGGCACUACAACUUCGAGUCAUAUGGUCCAGAACAGCCAUGUUACUGCGGAAGCUGGAACUGCGCAGGAGUCAUUGGACGGCGUAGGAAUAAACCCACCAAGGAGCCCGCUAUUGGCCACAAGCGUAAGUCCCCGGAUGAUGCGGAUGAAAGGCCGAAGAAGAAGCCAAAGGUCACGAAGUUGGUUGAAGCCGCCUCAAAAGCGGCUUCGAAGACCGGAAAAAACCUGUUGUCGAAGACGAAGGAGGGCCUGAAAGGGCUCAUGGAUACGGUCACGGCAGCUACGUCCACCCCAACCGUUGAGAACAAGAAGAGCCGGGACGAGCGGGCGGCCAGACGAUCUCUUGCUGCUGCGAAAGAAUCAUCGAAUGAGAGUACACCAGAGCCGUCGAGCAGUGGCAGGCCCGUACGUGCAACCAGGCAGCAGCAGACUGCUAUCAGUCCCAAGAAGGGCGCAGCUCAGACUGCCCUUGGUAGACUGCAAGCCGAGAAGUCUGCACGACGCCCCGGUUCAAGAUCCUCGUCAGCGAAGACUGCUGCGACUCCCGAGGGGCGACCGCGGUCUGCUCCGCCCCGCACCUCCACACGCAGCAACCGCGCAAUUUCCGUCGACGAAGAGGACGAGGACGAGGAACCACCGAGCGCGUCCAAGUCUCACAGGGCCACACCGACUUUGGCUAGGAGGGUUCCCAAGGCAAAGUCGCCUCUGUCAAUUUCUUCCAACAGCACAACUACACGCAGGGCAAGCUCCAUCAGGAAAUCCACUGGAGCUCGCAUGGUUCAGAGUGCCAAAGAAGUGAGCGAGUCGCAGAGCUCGAAUUCGGAAACCGACUCGGCGUCGACCUCUCCUACGGAACUUAGUAUGGCCAGUUCAUCCAACAUCACGUCCACGGCUAACGAUAAAAACUCCAUCACCUCGGCAGAUGCUGGCGCUCCGGUCUCGACAGGGAAGGUUGCAGCACUGAAGCAGGCGAGGCUGUCCUUCCUGCCCAACGGGCUGAGCUUUGAGAAAGGCGACGCCGAGGCCGACAAGCCGACGAGGAAAGUUGUGAAGAAGAAGUCAAGCCGGUCUGUUCUGGAUGCUUGA